GAAGCACAUCCAUUUCCAGGCGACCCCGGUGCCGCCGGAGGUCCUGCUCGCCAGCUCGCUCCGACGAACUACUCGGUGCCGCGAUGAACCGCUGGGGAGCGGUCGACGACCGCAGUUGAUGGCACAGCAUCACCUCCACUUCCUCUGGCGCCUAACUUCUAUUUCUUCCGUCUCAAGUGCCCGCAAGACAGAGCAGCGUGGGGCGGACGAGGCGCUAGUGGGCUACUUAUGUGACGGACGCCGAAUCCUGCCAAGCUGCUGACAGAGUGGGGAGGGGGAACGAGCGAGAAUUGUACCAAUGCUGCGACGAGGGUGACCUCUGAGAUGGCAGCAGAGUAGAGUUGCACAGGAUUCGCCGAGUUUGGUGCGCGGAAUUGAAUGGCAUCGCCAUCUACUUUCCUUCCAUCACUCUACAACCGAUGUGGAAUUUUAUCUGGGGGAUGGAGGUGCCCAGGUGAUGGAGAAAGGAAUGGGACACCGCCAGCAGAGGUGGCGACGGGUGACCGCCGCAAGCUCAUCACGACUAGUGUGAAUGAGCCGCGAGGGAUUCUGUGGGUGUGGUUUGGAAUUUUGGUGGGAGGUGAGUGAAUCAAGUGGUAGUAGUACGAGAGGGUACGAUUGAUGAGCUUCCGAAGAUGAAGUGGAAAGGCGGGGGCCGGAGGUCGGCGCCGGCGAUGCGGACAUGGCUGGUGGUAGUGGUGGCGGUGUUCCUGCUGCAGCUAAGGACGUGUCGUAGUGCGGUGGGAGUCGAAUCUUCGAUUGAAGUCUUUGUGGUGGACACGUCUGUGGAGAAUUUGGCAGAUCUGGUGGGUUUAGUGUACUCUGUGACGGUGAAAUUCAACAGUAGCGUCGCAGAUGGAAUCGCUGGUCACCGCGGAGAUUUAGGUUCUUCUCUCGUCUGUUGUAAAUUCUCUGCCCAGGUUGGAGACGUGGGUGACGGUGUAGGUCGGAACCGGAGUCAGGAAGUGGAAUGUAGUGCUGCUGCUGCUACUUUGGGUCAUGGCCUCCAUGAUCCAUUGCCUUCUGGUCGCGGCGCUUGUCUUCUUGUCGACUCCUCUCUUGGUGAUCAUAAGACAGGAACUCGAAAUUGUGGUGAUUGCAAUGGAGAGUUGCAGCUGGACGCAACACUUGCGUUUUUGGCCUAUCUUGGAUGGGUAUCGGAAGCAUCUGCUAAUCUCACUCACAACGAAGACAUUCUGCUGCCCUCAUUACAUACUCAGGUUGAAUGCGCCAGUGAAUCUGUCGCUGGUACCAAUCUUUGCACGUUUAACGCGCGCUCGUCGUCAGGAACAACUUCGCUUGUGGCAUUGGCACGAAUGGACUUGGAACAUGGUUUUUAUAACAAGAUGCACUUGGAUAUGUCGCAAGAAUUUCAACCUGUGAUGGUUCUUUCGACAAAUUUAGCCUCGACCUCUAUUGGAUCUGGUUCGGACACUGUAAGAUCAGUCAUUGGCGGUUACACGGAUUCGUCUUGUGCAAGUGUGCCGAUUUUUAUCGUCAGAUUGUCGAAUUCGAGGGAGAAAUCUGCCAUUCAUCUUUCGCAAGUACUCUUGGGUUCUCUUGGGCGGAGGUCAUUGCGGGCUAAAAUUGGUGAAAUAGCACACGCGUGUGAGUAUGGACAAUGGCGCUGUGCUCACGGAUUAGACUUCUUUUUAGGAGCAGUUAUUACAUUGGCAGGGUUAUCCAUGCUGGCAAUUCUAUGCACUGGGUCGAAGGAGGAUGAAACCCCUGCCGAUUUUUUGGACACUGUUCCCAGUUUACCACCCAGGUUUUCCUACUCGAAACUGCAGAAGGCCACGAAGAAUUUCUCACGAAAACUGGGUGACGGUGCCUUCGGAUCCGUCUACGAGGGAACACUAGCCAACGGUGCGCGUGUGGCUGUGAAGAUGCUGGAGAAGACUUCUGUACAGGGGGAGAAGCAGUUCAGGGCUGAGGUAGCGUCGAUGGGUGCUAUUCGGCACCUCAACCUGGUUCGCCUGCAUGGAUUCUGUUCCGAAGGAACUCACCGGCUGCUUGUGUACGAGUACAUGCCGAAUGGCAGCGUGGAUGCCUGGUUGUUUGGGAAGAAGCAAGGGGAGAAGCUGUUGGAUUGGGAGCAGCGCCUCAACAUUGCUCUGGGCACAGCAAGAGCUCUGGCCUAUCUCCACGAGGAAUGUAGCGACCACAUCAUUCAUCUGGACGUGAAGCCCGAGAAUAUCCUUCUGGACCACCAAUUUUGCCCCAAGCUCUCAGAUUUUGGUCUCGCCAAGUUGAUGGACAGAGAACAAAGCAGAGUGGUUACAAGCAUGCGUGGAACCCCUGGUUACUUAGCGCCCGAGUGGUUACUCCCCCACGCGGCUGUGACGGCCAAAACGGAUGUGUACAGCUUCGGCAUGGUGCUGCUGGAGCUCAUCAGCGGGCGCGAGAACACGAACUUUUCACUGGGCAAAGAGCAGUGGUACUUCCCCGCGUGGGCUUCCAAGCUAGUGGGCGAAGGGCGUACCAUGGAGCUUCUCGACAAGCGGCUGCACGUCGAGGAGGUUGAAUACUUCCACAAGAAAGACGCAAUGCGAGCUAUUCACUGCGCGCUUUUGUGUAUUCAAGACGAUCCUUCUGCCCGCCCUCCCAUGAGCCGAGUAGUGCACAUGCUUCAAGGUCACGUUGAACCGGAGCCUCUGAACGCUCGCCAGUCCGCCAUCCAACCCCCUCGGCGCUUGCUGACCGCCUUCGCUGCGAGCAGGAGCGGCAUCGAGGCCGGAAACAUGCAGGGCCACGAACAGCCCCUGCAUCAACCUCCUCAACAUCAAACUGAUGGAAUCCACCAUCAUCAAGUCGUCGGCCCUGCAGUCAGCAACCGAAUUUCCGUGGCCGAAUCCCCCCGGGUGAAGGAAUCUCCGCGAGUCAUGAACCUAGCUUCCUCACCUCGAACCCUGCAGGAACUGGACUCCGACCGGGGUGACCACUUCGAUCGCAUGGAGCCCCUCCCGCCAGCGGUCCAAAUGCCGAAUCAAGCGCGAGGCAGCAAUGCGUCUCGAAUGGCUGGAGCUCAUUCCAUUUCCGGCAACCAGAAAUCCAUUCCCCCUUGGCCCGUCAAGGGCGACAUCAUCCUCACACGCUGCCCUCAAGGGGACCAACACUGUGUGGUCCGCGACGUCCGCGUUCAAGGGAAGCAAAUGCGGCUGGCGAUCCUCCAUAGACUGAGCUCCGAAACGCGAUGGAGCGUUCGCGAGGAGGAGCAAAACUGGCGUAACUGGAACGAGUCCGUCAAGACGCUGGACUUCUGGGUGGUGGUCCGCUGGUCGACGAUCCCCGGCCGAGGCUUCGAAAAAUACCCAGUCGAAUGGAUGACAAGAUGACCAAAUCGAUAGGGGUCUUGUAUCCCAUUUCUCAAGGUAGUGCUUGGCCUUGUGUUGCUUUGCCUCAAAUCCUCCCUACGACUUCUUCUUCGCAUCAUCCCCAUCUUCGCCUUCUUUCUACUAUUCUCCGCUGUCAAUUGGGACGGUUUUUGAGGCUUGCAGCAGCCAAAGUCACCAGCUUUCCACGCUCCGAUCCAUGUGGGUCCCCUCACAAUGCCUAGUUUUUCAGCAUUCGCGACGCUCAGACAAUGUAUCUCGGCAAUUCUUUCGUGAACCUGAGAAAAAGCGAUCAUCGUGUUGACAGGAAACUCACCACCAGAUGGAGUGAAGCUUUUUGUAGUCUUAUUAGAGAUAUCACAUCCUUUGCCCACUUUCGUUAGGUGCUGGUCUGUUUUUUCGAGAUCUAGCCUUCGAUCUCCUAGUGUUUUUUUUUUUUUGUUUGCUGUUGAUCUUGGAACGUAACGAUCCCAUUGUCGGCCGCUUGAGGCACCGUGUGUGCUGCUGUUUCCAUCGCAUCAAAACAGCCUCUGUAUCUCGUGCUGGUGCUUGUGAUCACGCCGUCUCGCUAUUUGGUUUCCGAAUCGAUUUUUGAAGCCCAGUGAUCCAACCUCGUUGCAGUGUCAAUCCGGUGAUGCACUCACACUUGUUUAGCGGUUCGUAACCUUCACUAGUGAUUGCCCCAUGCGUGGACACAUACACACACACACUCACACUUAUGAGCCAUUCCGGGGAUCGGACAAACUCAAUCAGAUGAUGAAACUAUUGUCACAAUUGGAUGUCAAUUAUAUAUGGAAUAUAUCAAUUUGCGGACUUCUUCUCAUUCGCAGUAAUCCGCUUUCAAGCUCAA